AUGCUGUCCCCGAAGGAGCAGACGGAUAUCGCCUUCGAGUCGUUUGAAAAGGCGUCGCCCAAUGCGUCGGGACGCGACGAGGCCCACCGUCGACGACGCUGCUGGAGUCAACGACAUUGGGCCACGGCGCUGAUCGUUGCGGGCUCAUUGACUGCGGUCGGUGGCAUCCUCUACGGCACUGCCCUACCAGCGUACGUGAACGCGGCGGUCGAAGACCGAGUGGUCCGCUGCUCUGACGAGGAGGUGUCGGAAGAGUUCUAUCGGGACCCGUUCGGAGACUGCGACGAGUGCUCGCCCUACUACGUGUCCCUCUACAUGCUGAACGCCUCCAACGCCGAGGCGUACCUCACGACAAACGCAAAGCUGCGAGUGCACGAGAUGGGGCCGUACGUGUUCCGCCGUCGCGAGCUCAAACUGGACGUGUCGCUGUCGGCCGACGCCUCCAGUGUCACGUACAAGACGUACACGUACCACACGUUCGAAGCUGACAAGAGCUGCGCCAAUUGCUCCGACGCGGACGAGAUCGUGAGCUUCGACGCCGGGUACUUCAGCGUCAUCUCUGCGACCGGCGGCGAGUUCAAUUUGCUCGCGUCGGUGGCGGCGCAGUCGUUCGCUGCCGGGCAAAACGCGAGUGCAGUGGCUGCGGUUGUCGCGGAACACGGCGAGCAGAUGAUGCGCUGGGUAAACGGCCUCAACUCGCUGGACCCCGUGGCGACGAAGACGGUGACGAAAGACGACGCCGUGAUGCGGUUCCUGACCACUGGCCCCGCAGCGAUCGCCGACUUGGACCUCUCUGGGUUCGCCUACAACGGCCUCUUCGUGAAGCGUACGGCGUCGCAGUGGGCGCUGGGCUACCCGAGUCUGCUCGCGGGUCUCGUCCAGGGCACCAACUACGUCAAGACGUGCGAGCCGAACCUCAACGCCGCGUGCGCGUCCUGCAGCGGUGACGGCUGCUUGGCCAUGGCCAAUCUCUGCUCUCAAUGCGCCAAGGGCGCAGCUGUUGUCGCGCGUAGCAACGACACGUGCGCCGCGAUCGAGUCCAUUUAUGCUGCCGAGUACGGCGUCGAUGAAGCUGCCCGCUUCAGUGCAACCACAUGCGGCCUCUGUGCGAGCACGGGACUGUGUGCCGCCGCUCUCCCUGGCAUCGUCGAGAGCUCUGGUCUCGAUUACUCGGAGACGGCACCUGACGCGUCGACGCUCAAUGCCUAUACGAAGCGCACGGGCUGCGACGACCUCACCAAGAUCGGAACGUACGUCGCGUACAAUGGCUUUACCGUCGCGCCCGUGUGGGCAGAGCUGGGGGCACGCCGCAACCCGACGCUGGCCGAGCUCAACGCGUUCUCGAGCUACGCCACCUGCGACUCGCCUGUGGCCAACGUCACGUGCGUCAACGUGUCGGGCACGGACGGAUCGGCGCUCCGACCCGGCGGCGUGACCGUCAACGGAAUGGCCGACCAGACCACAGCCGACGCGUUCGAUUCGUACACCGGUGCUGCUGCGAUCUCCAUCCCGAUCGCAAGCACGAAGACGAUGGCGGAGUACAACGGCGUCUCGCUGCACCGGUUUGCCGCGCACAGCGACGUCUUCGACUACACGAACGACAGCGCUGGCACUGGCACUGGCGUCCCGGUCAACGGGUUGCAGCAGCUCAGCUUUGUCACGGGCUUUCUGUCGUACUUGUCCGGCCCGUACUUCCUCAACGGCGACACGUCACUGCUCGAAGCUGUGCACAUGACCAACAACGACGGCACAGUGAUGUCAGCCGCUACGAUGUACGACUCGGAGGGUGUCCUCGUCGAGAGCUUUCUCAACGCAUACGGCACCUUCGUGGACAUCGAGUCGGGCACAGGGCAAACCGUUCGCGCCCGAAAGCGCUCGCAGAUUUCGUACGCGCUGGCGUCGUCCACGACGAUCCCCAACGCCUCCAUGAGCGACGUGUUGUGGCCCAUGCUACGCACGGAGGUGGUGCUGCCGACGUAUUGGGUGCAGGAGGCUGGCGAGGCCAAGGACAGCGUCCUCAACACGUUGAAGAAGACGCUUUCCCUCGUCCGGACGAUCUUGCCAGGUCUCAUCGUGCUCCUUGUUGCCGGUGUCAUUGAGGUGGGCGGCGGCCUUUUCCUCUGGCGACACUACAGGCAAACUCGGGAGAAGCAGCGGCACGGGGGCGUCGUGUAG